AUGGCCAACAUACCGCUUCACUGCAACAUUUGCCCCAAGAAGCCAAACUUCAGCGAUGUCUCACAUCUGCUCACACACAUUGCCAGCAAGGGUCACUUGUCCAACUACUACAAGGUCAAGGUCCGCUCGACAAACGAGGAAGCAUCCCGUCGGCUCAUUGAGACAUAUGACCAAUGGUAUGCCGAGUGGGCCGUCGAAGAGCUCAUGUCGGAACGGAUGAAUCAAAAGGACAAGCGCCGCACCCGCGCAAGACCCGCUGCCCGGCCUGCUCCCGCUCCUGCUCCCAGGAUAGAGGCCCCCGUACCACGUCCUAUCCGUCGCGCCGCGGUAGGCAACCUCCUAGACCCGCGUCUAUCUGAGCAGCAGCAUCCGAUGAUCAAGAUGGAGCAAUCUCUCUCCCCGACACCGCAGCCUACCGGUCCGGUCCUCCGUAAUCGCAAUACAUUUGCGCCCCACAUGCAAUACUGGUCUACCGAAUCGCGUGCCAGCUCUCACAGCUAUACGAAUCAGGACUAUGACACAUCCAGUGAGUAUUCUGACCCGAGCGAGCGGCGGCGGACAUACCGAUACCCAGCUGCGUCAUGCGCCAUCGAGGAUGAGCCUGCCGAUUUGGCGGAUCCAAUGGCAGUCAGCGAGUCGACCAAACUCAAAGGCGUAUACUGGCCCGGUAUGGAUAUAUUUGACUCCGCCACACCAGAAAUGCGGCGCAAGAGGAACCAGAAGAAGGAUAGUUCUGUUGUCGAGCAACUCGAACUCAAUUCCCUAGAGGUCGAGGCCACUGAGCUCAUCUUCACUCCACUUGGUUCUUUCAAACGACAGCGAAGAAUCUCUUGCUCCGAGUCUGACGAUGAUGAUGACAUUGAUAUCAAAGCUGAAAGCCCUCUACCUGUUCGCAGACGCCCUGCCCUCGCCAAUCUCGAUACUAACACAACCCGCCGUACAAGACAGUCAACCCGACCUGUGUUUCCAUUCCUGAGUCGCAACCAAUACGACGAAGAUCGUAGCCGUUCUAGCUACGACCAUACUCACAGCAGCCGUGUCUCGAAGCGGAAGCGCUUCAACGUCUUUCAAGACGACGAAGACACCCCAUUUUCGCAGCCUAAUGGCAUGACCUACCUCACAUCUGGUUUUACUCGCCAGCCUUCGCCAUCCCCCACACCUGCAUUCACAUCUUACAAGCCGUUCAAUGAUACAUUCCCGUACGAGAACAAGGAGAACGUCCUCCCUUCCUUUAAUCCGACAGCCUAUGGCAACUUUCACGGCCAUCAAAACACUGCCUACCAGUACCCCAAUUACAGUUAUGGACUGGGCCCUGAACACCACGGCUUUCAGUACAAUAGCCACUUGUACAAUGAAGCUAGUGUAUACCAACAAAACGAUCAAGAUGACGAUGACCAACGUACAAUCACUGCCCCGCCUUCGCCAUCUACAAGCUGA